UACUAACAUAUCAAUUAAUCCAAACCCAAAAUGAUUUUCGUUCUUUUUCUCUUAACUCUUCUCUCACAUUCCACAUCAAAUGCUUCAGUACUAGACUUCUGUGUAGCAGAUUUAUCUUCUCCACAAACCCCUUCAGGCUACCCUUGCAAAUCAUCAGUAACAAUCAAAGACUUCGUUUUCUCAAACUUCAAUGAAGGAAACACUUCCAACUUUUUCAAAUUCUCAGUAACACCAGCAUUUGUUAAUCAGUUUCCAGCUGUUAAUGGUCUUGGUAUAUCCGCAGCAAGGUUAGACCUAGACAUUGGUGGCGUUCUACCAAUGCAUUCGCAUCGCGGCGCUUCGGAGUUAAUGAUUAUGGUUCAAGGUCGUAUAACUGCUGGUUUUAUUUCUUCUGAUAAUAAAGUUUUUGUUAAAACACUUUCCAAAGGUGAAGUUUUGGUUAUUCCACAAGGUCUGUUGCAUUUUCAGUUCAAUGCUGGAAGGAAUAAAGCUACUGCUUUUCUUACACUUAGUAGCUCAAACCCUGGUUCACAAGUUGUUGAUCUUGCUUUGUUUGGUAAUAAUUUGAAUUCUGCUUUUGUGGAGAAAAGUACUUUGCUUGAUCAUGCUCAAGUUAAGAAGCUUAAAGCUAUUUUUGGUGGGAGUGGCUAGGUUUAGUUAUAUUGAGUUUUGUUGUUUUAUUAUCCAAACCAAUGUUGUUUGUUAAGGUUUGGUGAUUGUUUAGUCAUUUAAAUUCAUUAAUAAAAAUCGUGUGUAUGUUUUUUCUCCUUUCA